AUGUCUUCAUCAGCUUCCAAAGUUACAGUACCACCAAUCAAUUGUAUAUUCAACUUCCUUCAGCAGCAAACGCUGGUUAAUAUAUGGCUUUUUGAACAAGUACAUAUGAGAAUACGAGGGAAGAUCAGCGGAUUUGACGAGUUCAUGAAUGUGGUCAUCGAUGAUGCAUUGGAAGUUCCCAUUGAUUUGAAAACUGGCUCUGAGCUGCCAGGGGAGGCUUUGAAGCUGGGUAGGAUUUUAUUGAAGGGAGACAAUAUCACCUUGAUUACGCCAGCAUCUGAAUAA